UUGGCCGUAUAGUGUUCGAGCUCUUUGCUGAUGUGGUCCCUAAAACGGCAGAGAAUUUUCGGGUUCUGUGUACUGGUGAAAAGGGGAUUGGCACCAGCACAGGCAAACCCCUGCAUUACAAGGGCUGUCCAUUUCACCGCAUCAUCAAGAAAUUUAUGAUCCAGGGUGGAGAUUUUUCUAAUCAGAAUGGAACUGGAGGAGAGAGCAUAUAUGGAGAUAAAUUUGAGGAUGAAAACUUUUACUAUAAGCAUGACAAAGAGGGGCUUCUCAGCAUGGCCAACGCCGGCCCAAACACAAAUGGCUCGCAGUUCUUUAUAACCACCGUUCCAACGCCACACCUGGAUGGGAAGCACGUGGUCUUUGGCCAAGUGCUAAAGGGAAUGGGGGUGGUGAAGAUGCUGGAGGCCAUAGAAACUAAAGAUGAUAAUCCUGUGAAGCCCUGCAUAAUUGCUGAAUGUGGAGAACACAAAGCAGGAGAUGAGUGGGGGAUCGCUCCGAACGAUGGCUCGGGAGACUUAUAUCCAGAUUUCCCCGAGGAUUCAGAUGUGGACUUUAAAGAUACGGAUAAAGUCUUGCCUGUGGCAGAGGAUAUCAAGAAUAUUGGAAAUAACUUCUUUAAAGCUCAGGAGUGGCAGUCUGCCAUUAGAAAGUAUUCAAAAGCUCUCAGGUACUUAGAACACCAUGGCAACAUUAUAGACGAUGAAAAUGAUGAUAGUGUCCAAAAGAAACUGGAGCCAACAGCCCUGAGCUGCAUUCUCAACACUGCUGCUUGCAAACUUAAACUAAAGCUCUGGCAAGAAGCGAUUGCAAGCUGUGAUGAGGCCUUGCAGCUGAACCAGACAAACACUAAAGCGCUGUUCAGAAGAGCUCAGGCCUGGCAGGGACUGAACGAAUUUAAUAAAGCCAUGAUCGAUUUGAAGAAAGCACAGGAGAUUGCACCAGGUGACAAAGCGAUUGGAAACGAAAUGCUGAAAGUGAAGCAGCAAGUGAAGGAAGAGAAGGAGAAAGAAAAGAAGAUUUACGCCAAAAUGUUUGCAUAAAAGAAACCGCCUUGACCUCGAGCCUCACUGAUCUACCUGCGUAUCUUUACUUGCUUUACACCUGGUUUAUAAACCGUUAUGCUUUCUUCUCUGUGCAGUUUGGAAAGAGAUAUUUAACAUCUGUACUGUGUGUAACAAAUGAGUUUUUGUCUGUGAGUGAUGAAACAAAACUUUCUGUGUAUUUGAAGUAAGCUGAUGUUAGGGUUACCGUGACUGCUGUGCAAAGGUUUGGUACAUUUUGAGGUGACCUUUAAGAUUGCAUCUGCUUUAUUUCAUUUUUUGGUCCCUGCAUUUGUCUUAACUGUUGUACGUUUAUGUGAGAGAAACUCUUUAAUCAAAAUUUGUUUAAUUUUUCACACUUUGUAGAGUGUAAGGUGUAAACUUGUACGACAGCAAACCAGCAGAUUAAAACCAUUCAUUUAUUUUUACCAUUUACAGUUACCAACUUUGACAAUAUAUACAAAGCUGUUUUCAGGUCCUGUAUUAACAGUAUCACGUGGGCUACAUGUUCCCUAGAAUUAAAUCCAACAUGUUAACAUUACAACAUAUUCAUUAGAUACAGACAUGGUAAAUAUAAAACACUUUCAAGAUUCAAACUUCAUCUAUUAAAAGCUGUGACUUGAUAUGAUAACACCUCAUGCUCGUAUCAAUAAAGAUACGAGGACAUUCGGUUGUGUUUAGGCACACUGGAAGCGCACUCAAGCUGUUUCGUAACGGUUCAACCCUGAAUGUUUGCUAAAGGUCCAAAGUGAUUUUGUAAUCUUUGUGAAAUGCCCCAAUAAAUGAAACGAGUAAAGAAUAGUGAAAUCACAUGCCGUUGUAAGCUGGUCCACCACCGCCCUCAGGCACAACCCAGUUGAUGUUCUGGCUGGGGUCUUUGAUAUCACAGGUUUUGCAGUGGACACAGUUUUGUGCGUUGAUCUGUAAUCUCAUACCAUCGCCUGUCUCUAGAGGAACAAACUCAUAAACUCCUGUAAGACAAAGGAGACAAAAUCAGGUAAAACCAAACAAGAGCAAAAACCAACAUUGAUGACACAGUGUUUUUAUAAAGUCAGAGAUGACUAAAGUUAAUCUAACUCGAAUUCUUAAAGCUUCCUAGAAUCCUCUCAGAGAGCUCUAAUAGUUUGCCUUAAAACAUUUUAGUAACUAGUCUUCGCUUAAGAGUGAUUCAGAAAGCAAUCUGAGUAAAGAAAAGACAAACUCUUUACCUCUGGGUGGAGGCGUUGCUAACCCUGUUGCUAGGUGUGAAACAUUAUUUCAAAAGCACUUAAUAUUUUACGUGUUGACCUUCAAAAAUAUAGGUCUAUUUUUUCAAUUUCAUUAUGAAUAAAUAUGGAUGUGUGUG